AUGCUGUGGCUUGGAGGCUGCAAGAAUGACGCCCUUUCUCUUUCUUUGCUUGCUUUUGCUUAUGAACCGACUCAAAGAGCCGACUCAUUUGUGAACGACUCAACACUAGUCGAGCUCCAGCAGCCUCCGCUUCAGGUGGAGCGCUUAAGUAGGAAGAUGGCGACGGACAAAUCUAAACAUGAAGGCGGCAGGGUGAAAAUUGGACAUUAUAUUCUUGGAGAUACGCUCGGAGUGGGGACUUUUGGUAAAGUUAAAGUGGGCCAGCAUGAGCUGACUAAACACCAGGUAGCUGUAAAGAUCCUGAACAGACAGAAGAUUCGCAGUCUGGAUGUGGUUGGAAAGAUUCGCCGUGAGAUCCAAAACCUCAAGCUCUUCCGACAUCCACAUAUAAUUAAACUGUACCAGGUUAUUUGCACACCGACAGACAUAUUCAUGGUUAUGGAAUAUGUGUCUGGGGGAGAGCUGUUUGACUACAUUUGCAAAAAUGGAAAGCUGGAUGAAAAAGAGAGUCGCCGCUUGUUCCAGCAGAUCAUUUCAGGUGUGGACUAUUGCCACAGACACAUGGUGGUACACAGAGACCUGAAGCCUGAGAACGUUUUGCUGGACGCUCACAUGAACGCCAAGAUCGCCGACUUUGGCUUGUCAAACAUGAUGUCGGACGGGGAGUUUUUACGAACCAGUUGUGGCUCCCCUAAUUAUGCCGCUCCCGAGGUCAUCUCAGGAAGGCUGUAUGCUGGACCUGAGGUGGAUAUCUGGAGCAGUGGAGUAAUCCUGUACGCUUUGCUGUGUGGCACACUUCCGUUCGAUGAUGAUCAUGUGCCAACACUUUUCAAAAAGAUCUGUGACGGCAUCUUCUUUACACCACAGUACCUGAAUCAUUCAGUUAUCAGCCUUCUCAAACACAUGCUGCAGGUCGAUCCCAUGAAGAGAGCCACCAUUAAAGAGAUCCGGGAAGACGAGUGGUUUAAGCAGGACCUACCUAAGUAUUUGUUUCCAGAGGACGCAUCUUAUAGUACCAAUAUGAUAGAUGAGGAAGCACUAAAGGAGGUGUGUGACAAGUUUGAGUGCACAGAAGAGGAGGUGCUCAACUGCAUUUACGGUCGUAAAAACCAGGACCCUCUAGCAGUAGCCUACCAUCUGAUCAUAGAUAACCGCCGCAUCAUGAGUGAGGCUAAAGACUUCUACCUGGCCACAAGCCCCCCUGACUCCUUCCUGGAUGAUCUGCCCGCUCACCACUUUGCCAAACCUCACCCGGAGCGAGUGCCCUUCCUGGUGGCCGAAGCUCAGCCCCCGCGGCCCCGUCACACCCUUGAUGAGCUCAACCCCCAAAAGUCCAAGCACCUGGGGGUCCGGCGUGCAAAGUGGCAUCUUGGCAUCCGCAGUCAGAGUAGACCCAAUGACAUCAUGAGCGAGGUUUGCCGGGCCAUGAAGCAGCUUGAUUAUGAGUGGAAGGUUGUUAACCCUUAUUAUUUGCGUGUGAGAAGAAAGAACCCAGUAACAGGAAUGCAGUCCAAGAUGAGCCUGCAGCUUUACCAGGUGGACAGCAGGACCUAUCUCCUGGAUUUUAGAAGCAUAGAUGAUGACAUUAUGGAGACAAAGUCGGGCACCGCCACCCCGCACCGCUCGGGCUCAGUUGGGAACUACCGGACUACCCUUAAGAACGAGAAGAACGGAUCGGAGGAGGGAGUAAAGGGCGACGGCUCGGCCCCCUCUACACCACCAGUGGGAGGAGCGAGGCAGGCCGAAGGUUCUCUCGCGUCGUCCCUCACAUCUUCAGUGGACUCUGCAGGGGGAGAGACGUACCCGCGACCCGGCAGCCACACCAUCGAGUUCUUCGAGAUGUGUGCUAACCUGAUUAAGCUGCUGGCUCGAUAACUUGCUGCUGUCACACCUCUUUCUGCUCUGGCUUCUAGGACUUUCUACCUCCUUGUCUUGAUUCUCUGUUUCCAUCUAUUUCUCUCUCUCAUUUUUUUUUUCCUUAGUUUCUUUAGAGCAAUAAGCAUGCCAGAGGGCAACUUGAGGCUCCAUGCAUCCUACACGCACAACAGUGGCACUGCGAUGAUCCGUUCGAUUGGUAGACGGGGAGGUGAAGCUGCGGGCGAGGUGCUUGAAAGUCUUAAAAGAUUGAAAAGCCACUUUAUACUAACGAGAGAAUGUUCUUUUUAGAGCUGAUUACACAAUUGUUUCUCAUUGGGCUUGUUAGCCCAUGAUUUCCUUACAGAGAGUAAGGUGUAGAGAUAGCUGUGCAUUAAAUUAUACACUGAGCUAGCUGUACUGUAUAUAAUGGCACCACAAAGAGAGAGCGACUGAGGCAGAAUGCACUUUUGCACAGGUUUUUUUCCCAUAUGCUUCUGCUGUUAGAAUAAGCAUGCAAUUCCAGAAACGGGGCCAUAUUAAUGAGAGGACUUGGAAUGUAGGGACCAACCUUUAAAGAGCUGGAUACUCUUAAUUGUGUGGGUGCAUUUACAUGCACACUAAUAAUCUGAUUAUUAUUAGACUUUAACUGAUUGAUUAAGUACUCAUGUAAACAUUUUCUGAUAUUUGAAAGCCAUCAGCAUUUAGCUUUAGUACUUGGGUUCUACAGUGCAUGUAUCGUGUUGAAGCUUUCAGCUUUCGGCACAUGAAGUCAUUCCACUUUCUUUUUAAUUGUAUCUGUGCUGCACCAGCAUUCAAGCAUUCCAAGCAGUUAAUGUGCAUUUUUGGGGAGUGGGGUGGAUUAGAAAGUAAAAUAAAGUUAAGGGGAUAAAUUUAUUGAUUUGUUAAGUUUCAAAAUUCUUACAGAAGCGUAAAAGUCUAUUAAACACACCUUCAUGUUUCUACAACUCUUCAUUUGCAUAGUGCUUACUAACUAACCAAGCCAUCGAUGCACUAAGUACCGACUAUUUAAUUGUACCAGGUAUUUAAUUACUCAAAAGCAUGUUAAUGGCAAACUCCAGUAUCUGGAAUCAUCAUGAGAUUUUAAGUACUACCAUAAAAACAUCAGUAACAACUACCAGCACAUUUAUACAUUUAAUUGAAAUUAUGCUUAUUUUUUUAAACCCUGCAGUUACUAUAAAUAAAUUUAGAACCAGUGAUUUAGAGAAUCAUUGUAGAUGAAUUCUACUAAAUAAAUUCAAGUGUUUUCACAGCUUCUACUUUCUGUAAAGCAUGUUUGUGCAUGUUGAACAGUGCUCGUUGAUGAACUAACCUGGAAGUGAACUUAAACCAGUUCAAAAUUCCUAAUGCUUUCUUUUUUGAGAGCCGAUUUACUGUCUUUGCAUCUGAAAUGUUUUAUUUCCGAGCCGAGUUAUAAUUGCCAAAGUGUUUGUGAGAUCAGCUGCCCGUUUUAUGUGUUCAUACGUCAGGUUCUUUAUUAAUGACUGUUAAUAGUCAGUAAAUAGUUGUAAAAGGGGGCAGUAAUUUGCAAAAGAAGUCCAAAAUCAAUAAAUGAAUAAUGUAAGAUUAAAUCUGCUUACUCCAUUUACACUUUUCAGGGUGGGUUGCUCAGUGAUUAUCACUAUCAUCCUCUUUAUUAUCAUCCUAGUAAUUAUUAUGGUAUUAUGAGGGGAAGUUCUCUCCUGCUUACCUGUUAGUCAUGUUUGGCAUAAAAACGUGAAUGCUGGUGUGGGAGGAUUUAAUUCAAUGCAUGGUUUAUUUAGUAGAGAGAGCUGAGGGCUUUAGUUAAACCAUUCCCUAUCUCUGAAAUCACUUUCUUAACUAAUUAAAAGCAACAUUUGUACCGCGAAUGUCAGCAGAUUGUAGACCUGGAGUCUCGAUAUUAAUAGAUUACCCGAAGAAGUGCACGUAAACGUUAUAUUCAGAUCAUUGCCAAAAUGUCAUUGAUUUAUUUAUUUUGAACCGUUAUCAGAUUAUUCUGUACAUGUAAACACUUAAGUGUUGCAAUCUUAACACAUUCAGUUUAAGAAAGUGCAAUGACCAGCCUGUAACCGUGUUCAUAAAUGAGAUUUAUUUUUCUUUUUUUGAUGAACUUUUUGAUUUUUAAGUCUUGGUCUUGAUUUUUUUCCCUUUUUGUUUCACUUUUUAAUCUACUUUAAGUUGCUCACAUUUUACUAUAGUAAUAAGUGUAUACAUGAUUAAAAGGAAGCAUUAUCAGUGCUAUAUGGGAUGGUAGUUUAUAUUAAAAUAAUAAUGUACUGAGGUUUUUAAGAGGUGGUGUUGAUUAUAUUGUGUGAUGUUUUAUUCCAUACACUGUUUAUCCAUGUUUUAAGUGUUUGAUUGCAGUUGUUUUACGAAUGUGUCGGCUAGAAAAGGCUGUGGGGGAAAAUGUUUGAAUUGAACUUGCAUUGUUUCACUUUUCAACCCUGAAAACUCAAAUGUCUUAAACAGGAAAUUAAAAGAAGUGACCUGCACGACUGCUGUAAAGUACAAAACAGACACAUUAGAGUCACUUAAGCCUGAGAAGAGAAAUGAAAGAAUUAGACAGGAUAGAGAUGGGAAACAGUAUUUAUGUUUAUGUAAUGUUGCAAAAAUAUAUAUUUUUGGUAUUUUAAAAUUAGGGAAAGCAGAUUGUGUGUGCUUGACGUCUGUUUUUGCUGAAGUGCCCUAAUGCACCAUAUUUCUAUUAAAAUCUGUGUAUAAAAACUUAGGGUUUGACUGCAGGUUUUUAAAAAGAAUAAAUAUUUUUAUGAUAAUUACACCCUAUUAUGAACUUAAACAGUUUGGACGGCAUGUUUUUUAGACUUAGCAGUAUCUAAAAACCUUAAAGCUAAUUAUUAUAUGAUGUACUGUUUAGGUUUAACUGCACGUCUCACAGUAAUUAAACUUGUCUUGAUUAAAAUCCA